CCACUACCACCGCCCGAACACAUGAGGUGCAGGAAUCGGACACGCGCACGGGGUAGAACACAAUCCUCGAGCAAUCCACGCAGCACGCUAUCCCAACGUCCAACCUCUCGGCGGCACCCUCCGCCAGGAUCUGAAUCAUCUGAUGGUGUCGCAACAGCUCACCUCCGCUCAGGCAUCGCCUCGUUGGGCGGUCGAACAAUACCCGGCGAAUGGCUCAUGCCUGGCUGGACCUGGGCCUCUUUCGGUCUCCUGGAUCCCGGCGACAUCAAUCUCGACUCGCUGUCGAUGCUAAUGCGACGGCCGCGGCAACGACGACGGCGACCGGCAAGGAGACGGAGUUCGCGGGAACUGGCAGCGUAGGAGAUGGAUCGAUUUGAAGAGCCGUUGCCAAGUAUGUGGACGGCGCUGCCCUGAGCGCGGCACUUCGACGCGAGUCGCCCAUUUGUGCGGUGGAGCCUUCUGGCGGCUGUGUAUGGCUCGAUAAGAACGUUGCCUAUUUUAAUCUGAGGGACAAAGUAGCAAAUCUGUAUUUGUAUCUCAAUUUGUCUCCGAGUAGCUCAUUCUGCAUGUUUUAUGUACUUUAAGUUAUACCCGGCAAUACCAUACUAUCUAGUGAUGUUCAACACGGC